CACCACCCAUGGCGGUGUGCCGCCGGCGACGAGCUGGACGCGGAUGGCCGGCGAUCUGCUGGCGGCCGCCGACCGGUACCAGCGCUGGUGGAGAGGAUGAGGCCCAUGUGCGAGAACCUGCUGUGCGAGAUGAUCACGCCCGAGUGCGCGGCGGCCACGCUGGAGCUGGCGAGGCGCCACGGCCGGACGGAGCUCAAGGCCUUCUGCCUCGACUACAUGUCGACCACAUGGCUGCUGCUGCUGCUGCUGGGAGUAGCUCUUAACGAUUCUAAUAAACUGCUAACAAUAAAUAAUCAAAGUUAUUAUGUUUAUUGAUAUAUUAUUUUAACUUUGUUCUAAAUUAGAUAUGUCGUCUAAUUUGAACCAAAUUUAAAACAAACAAAUGCUAGCUUGAAAAUUGUUAUUUUUAUAUCUCACAAACGAAGUCGAGUUUGGACAAAAUAUUUUACAAAGUGGUGUAUCAUCAUAUCAUUUAUAUGUGUGAUUUUUUUGGUAAAUUUAGAUAAUUUUUUUUAUAGUUUGUACAGAUUUUCACGAAGAUUGUAGUUUCCACCUGAUAUGUUUUCAUGUUAUUAUGAAAUCGAUUAGGGAGAUUUGACUCGACAUAAAAGUAAAAAAUGAUAAGUACCUUGGAACCGCAGAUGGAUGUAUAGGAGGAUAGUCGUGCCAAGAGCUGCCGCCGAGCCGAAAACGCACACGCAUGCCCCGGCCACCACGUAUGAGCGUUCAUCACCCCAACGUGGCAGCUCUACUACUCACGGCUGUCUGUAUAUAUAUAGUUGCACAUACACUAGCAGACUAUCUAGCAUCAUCAGAACUUAAGUAUAUCAUGGCGGACGACGACCGACGUGUCCGCGGCCAGCAGCGCGCCGCCGCCGUUGCCGCGCUUCUGGUGCUCGCCGGCCUUCUCUUAGUGCUCUGUGGCCUGACGCUGUCGGCUUCCGUCGCCGGCCUCGCCGUCGCGGCGCCUCUGCUGCUCCUCUUCAGCCCCGUGCUCGCCCCCGCGACGCUACUGGCUUGGCUGCUCGCCACGGGCGCCGCGGCGUCGGCGGCGCUGGCCCUCGGGGCCUUCUCCAUCCUGUCGCGCCUGCUGCGCGCGGCGAGCCCGCCAGACGACCACGACCUCGUGGAGGAUGGGAGGCGGCGCGUGGGGGAGGUGGCGGCGGUGGCCGGGGAGAGGACGCCGCACGCCGCGCUGGCCGUGGUGAGCCGGGGGCAGGGCGCCACCGACCACAAGAAGCCCCAGGACUACGAGCACUACGUCGCCGGCCGUAUGGUGCAGACCGCAUUAUGAGACUAGUAU